AAAGAGCAUAUGUAUGGAAAGGAUGAUAUGAAGAAGAAAGCAUCUGGAAAGCCACGAAGUUCUUCCGGACAAUCAUCGUCUUCUGCUGAGGAUGUCAGUGACGAUGUGCAAAUUAACAUUUCCAGGAAUCGAGUCAAUGGUUUAUCCUCUAAGAAGUUAUCAGGAAAAGAUGGAUUUCCAAUGCCUUCUGGCUUGAGAUACGGUGAAGUUUCAGGAAAUAAUUUGCCCAUCGUGAGGCCUGUUCAAACAACGAGAAAUUUAAGAUCCCAGGAAGAUGAUUUUAACAGAGAAGAGUUAUGGCACACAAUGGAACAGUUGAAAGAAGAAAACAGAAUGCUGAAAGAAAGAUUGCAAAGGAAAGAAGAAGAGAUUCUAGGUGAUCUGCUAUAUGAUCUACGGAGUGAAAAGGAUAAAUGCAAAUCACUUGAAGCUGAGCUGCACAAGGCAAAUCGAAAAAUCCAGGAACUGGUCAAAGAACAAGAUAGUUUGAUCGAUAUAUUCUCAGAAGAAAGGGAACGUCGAGACAUUGAGGAAGAAAAUUUGAGAAAGAAAUUAAAGGAGGCAUCAAAUACCAUCCAAGAAUUGCUGGACAAGGUGAAACAUUUGGAGAGGUCUUCAAAUGGAGAAUUGGAGCGUUGAGAAAUAGUGAUAGGAUUUUACGUUCUGCAUUCAUCUACUGUUCAUUCAUAGAUCUAUAAAGCACGUUGAAGAUUGCAGAUGAAGGCAGGCACAUAAUCUCCCUAAUCUCACUAACAUUUUUCAAACAGGUAACUGAUGCUGGUUCUUUCUAUUGCUUCUCGUGAUCAUAGAUGACUUGAUGUUAGGAGGUUAGGGAUGAGAUAUUUUUCCCUCGGAACCAGAGUAUGUAAUUAUUGUACUGCACAAUAUAUUGUCUCAAAUAAUUUACUAAUUCUAUGGAUAGCUUUAGCCAGAUUAUCUAGCAUGAAGAAUUUUCCCUGCUUUCUGCUCUUUA